AUAUACUCUUUACAAUCUUGCGCCCACCUCGAGCAAACGACUCGUAAUAACGCUCGGCUGUUACUAUGAACUCCUUGUGUAGUCAGCGCAAAGUGCAAAUAAGCGCGCCUGGAAAAUGGGAUCCGGCGCGGAAAAAACGGUACUUCUACACACACACACACACAUAAGCUGCUCGAAGCGCGCGAAAGCGCAAUUGCGCAACAGCGAAUACACGUAACCACCGCAGCGUUACGUAUAGUCGAGUAGAUGCAGUAGUAUAGCGUAGGUGAAGCAAACUGUUCGCGCAGCUCAGCAGCGCCUUCUUCUCGGGCCUCGCGGUACUUAUCCACCGCGCGCAGUUUAUGUACACACACUGGAAUUCAGUCGCUGCGUACUGUACACAUCGCGAGAGGGAUGCGAUACGAGUACAAUAGGACGAAGAGUAAAGGAAAAAUGUGAGCAGGUAUCCUUUGCCGUUCGAAGAGUCCAGUCCAUAAGUGCGAGAGCAGACAAGGCAUAAAACCGAGAGGCAGCAGCAGCAGCGGCGGCGGCGGCAGCAGCAACAUCGGUAGGCGCGCGCAACAGUAGUCGUGUCGUCGUUAUAAAAUAAUGACGACGGGGAGCAGUAGCCUCCGGGAAAUCGAUUCCCUACUGCCCGACGGCGGUCUAUGGCUACUCAACUAAUGCAGCUCUCUGUCGUCGACUGAAAAUCAUCGUCAUCGGCAUCAUCGGGCAUCACGACACACAAGACACGACUGCUGCUGCUGCAGGUGUGUGCACUGCACGCGCGCGCGCGCGCGCGUACGAGAUCAGCUGUUCCGGUAAACAAAGAAAAGAGGUCUAUACACUGUACCACGAUGAGUCUCGAGUGUGUCAAGGUCGACGUCGUGGAGCCGUCGCUGGACGACCGGGACCAGACGACUGUCGCCGAGGAAACUACCGACGAGCAGGGUAGCGUCACCGCUGAGCUGUUGCAAGAGGAUAAGACGCCAAGCGCGGAAGAGGAGCCUCGGAGAGAGGCCUCGCCGACGAGGAGCAUCGGCGAGGAGUCCAACGAAUCCAACACCGACUGGUACUACAUGCCCGACUCGGUGCUGCUGAGCAUCUUCCAGUAUCUGAAUCCUAGGGAACUGCUGACCGCCGGCGAGGUCUGCAGAUCCUGGAAUCGAGUCUCGCAGGACGAGAUGCUCUGGAAGGCACUGUUCUAUCGGACUUACAAAGUCGACGCCAGCGUUGGGAUUAUGCCAGGAAAAACGUCUUGGCUGGGCGAAUUUAAACGGUUAGCAUAUCACAUACCACUGUUAGAAACAGAAACAUUAAGAGAACAUUCCCAUCAGGUAUUACAUGUCAGUUUUUCACACAAUGGCAAGAUGUUUGCUACUUGCUCAAAAGAUGGUUAUAUAUUGGUAUGGAACAGUCAAUACCCAGUGGCAAUCAAAUAUUAUCAUGAUAUGAAGACAUUUAGUUGGAAGUAUACACAAUUCUCGCAAUUUAAUUGUUCAGACACAUUACUACUGGUAUCUGGUGUUCACUUUGGUACUCCACACAGCACGUCUGGCGAAAUAGCUGUAUUUAGAUUAGCAGAGGGCUUUGAGCUGCAAUGCAGAGUAGUGAAUAAACCAUACGACAUAUUUGGUACUUGGUACAGCGAACGGUAUCUAUUGAGUGGAGGCCUUCAUUGGUUAGCACAUCUGGUCAGCACGAGCGUUCUAUGGCUGAAUAAGGCUAAUCAAGAGACGGGAAGCGAACACGUACCCAUAAUGAAUCAGCUAUACCGGUUUUACAAUGGAAAUGCAUCGUCAAUUAGAGCAGUUAUGGUGGCAAAUUGUUUGUCACCGGGAUCGGCAGAAACCGACGCACAAAACGACAAAACAUCUAGUUCUAAUGUCAAAGAGGAGAAAGGAAACCCAUUGAGUCACAGAGAUAUUUCACUAGCUUCUACUAGCCAAGAAACGAAAAAAGAAGAGCCCGAAGUUUUGCACCACGCAUCAUCUCGACUGCAGUACAGCACAUUGGAGGGCGGUUUCAUGAAUUGGAGAAAACUAGGUGACGGCUUUGAAUACGCUAGUCCAAUUCGGUACAACCAAGACUAUAGGCAAGUUGAGAUGGAAAAAGAGGUUGCAGAUAGUGAUAGUGAUGAUGAAUCUAGUCCACAGUGGGAAGAUGAAAGCGAUGAAGAAGAUUCGUUAUCUGCUGAAGAAUGUGACGACUCUGAUGACUUAGCUGACUGCCCCGAAAAGUUCCUUAUUUUUACAACAGGCUCAAAGACGUAUACGCCACAUCAAGUAGGUUUUAAGAGAAUCAAGCCAGUUACAUUUCCUAGAAGGCUUGACCCUGGUCCAUCUCUCCAAGAAAGAAUAGCUCAGAGACACAGAGAACGAGAAAUGCAAAACAAUGGUUCCUUUAGACCUGAACCCAACUGGUUGGAUUACAAUUCAGUAGCUGAUAAAUUUGACAAAAUAGACCAUCUCAUUGAUCUCCAUGGACACAUCAUUGGAAUGGGACUUUCUCCUGAUCAGAGAUACCUAUAUAUCAAUACUAGGCCAUGGCCAAGGGGUUAUGUAAUAACAAAUCCUCUACAACCUCCACCAAUAGCUCAGGAAAUUGAUAUUCACGUUAUUGAUUUAGUGACAUUAAAACAAGUCGGCACAAUGCUCAGAGCUCACAAAGCUUAUACGCCCAAUAAUGAAUGUUUCUUCAUAUUUUUAGAUGUCUGCGAUGAAUAUGUUGCAAGUGGCGCUGAAGAUAAACAUGGAUACCUUUGGGACAGACACUACGGCGUGUGUUUGGCAAAGUUUCCACAUUCUGAUGUAGUAAACUCGGUAGCGUUUAACCCUCGUGAUUCCGAAAUGCUAGUCACAACAAGUGAUGAUUAUACAAUUAAAGUUUGGAGAAGUCGCGCAAUGGUAAAAUCUUUAGGAUUGGAGGACAAUUUUAGACGAGGCAUGGAAGUGAGAAAGCGGCGCAGAUAUCACAGAAGCAGCUGUAAUGUUGACUGAUUAAAGACCAUUCAAUUUCCAAUUUAAAAUUCUUUGCGCCAAAAUGUAAAUAAGAUUUCUGUGGACAUUUUAUUUUUUCAAUAGCAUUUAAUUUGUCAAGAUACAGCAUUAAGUUUAUUCUCUGUAUUUUUGGCAAAGUUGUCUUGGCAUUUUAAAUGCUGUAGAGCGUUUAUUUUAUUAUGGCGCAAAGAUUUUUAGGGUGGAGAUUGAAUGGAUUAUAAAAUAAUACUAUAUCUAUAAGCGGAAAUUUUUUCCUUUCAUAAAACUGCGAGUAAUUUGGUCAUUGUCAUGCCGUGUGCAAUGAUUGUUAAGUUUUCUGCGGGCUAUGACUAUAUUUUCUAUACAUGUUGAACGAACUAUACUUGUAAUCAAAUUCUUUUGCUACUAAAAUUUGUAUAUAACAAUUAACGUGACUUGCAAACAUCUGUACGCACUGGUAACCAUUACUUUAACAGAGUGACAAUUUAUUACAACGCCAUGACAACUAUAUUCCAUUUUCAAAUUUAAAGGCGCAAUAAAAUAAGCAAAUACUUGUUCAAUGUACUAUUAGAAGAAAACUGUUUUAUUGGACGAACGCUUUUAAGACAAAUAUUAUUGUAAUGAAUCUGAAAAACGAUAAAAAUAUUGUUAAAAGGACCGUGAGCAUACUCAAAGUACAGUAAGGGCUAUUUGAUAUUAGAUAGCGGAAUUUUUUUAAAUUAAAAAAGAAUAGUUAUUUCUUGUUCAACCCUUUGUUAACUUUCAGUAUACUCGUGUACCCUUAAUAAUGUUGCAAACAAUACUGAUUAAUGGGAUGUUACUUGUGUUAUAAACUAUGGACUUUAUGAAAUCUAAUUGUGGAAAAAUGUACUGUAAAAUAUUUAUAACUUAUAUACCUACAUUUUCCCAACAAUAUAAACCUACGUAUUCUUGCAAAUGAA